AUGUUCGGUUCUGUGCCAAGUUCGUCGACCUCUCUAACAGAGAAGCUCUUGCCUCAUGGCACUUCAUCCGAUCUGGAGUACACGCCUCCAUCUAGCCCUAUACUCGACGAGAAACGCCAGAUGUCCUCGGCUCCAACUCUUUGGAGAAGGAUCUCCAAGACAGUGAGAUCCAUCUAUAUACGGAUGAGAUGGCGCARGAUUCGCAAACCACAGAUCAAACCCACAGCGACCAUCUCUAGGACAGCCUCGUACGAUGGACUUCGAGGAAUCGCCUGUCUCAUCGUGUUCAACUUCCAUUUUCUUUAUCCAUACACCAAAACCAUCACACAUGGAUACGGAGGUUCCUAUAAAAAAGUUCCGCAUGGACUCCCACACCAACUCCCCUUCCUCUGCUUAUUGAUCCGCGGUCGAGCUAUGGUCACUCUUUUCUUCGCCAUCUCAGGUUUCGUGCUGAGCUACGGCUUCAUGGCAGCAAUGCGAGGAGGUCAAACAACAACUGCACUGCCCCGACUCGCAUCAUUAACACUACGACGAUGGCUUCGGCUCUUUGCCCCUGCCUCCAUCAGCAUGCUGAUAGUUUGCUUCGCAUCAUAUUACGGCGCUUUUGAUCGAGGUCGCAAAUUUCAAGAAGGACCACCGCUUAUUGGGACGUGGGAGCAACAUCCACCGCGGAAACAGGAUUUCGAACUUCAGAUGAAAGACUUCUACAAAGCGUGGUCGACCUGGUUAAGCCCCUUUCGAUGGGACUUUCUUUACCCCGAAUACGACCCUCAUACAUGGACAAUACCAGUCGAGUUCCGCAGCUCAAUCGUUCUAUUCGUCGUGCUACUCGCAUCGACAAGUCUAAAACCGCGAUGGUCGUUUGGACUGCUCAGCUUGGUCGCAGUCUACAGUCUCCAUCGUACACGAUGGGAAGUCUCGACAUUUACCGGAGGGGCUCUCGUUGCUUAUCUACACCACGCAGCAAAUGCUCGCCGGGAGAGAGAAACUCUGCUUCCCACUCAAGACAACUCACCAUCGACUUCUACCCGGUUGCGAAGAUGGAUCUCACCCGGACUGAAACUCAUCGGUUUCGCUCUCAGUCUUUUCAUCCUCUCGUUUCCUGACGACCAAGCUGGAAAAACACCAGGUUUUCGAACACUCAAUCGCAUAACACCUGCUGCAUAUCAUAAACCAUACGAGUUCUGGCAUCCACUCGCAGCAAUCUUCGUUCUCUGGUCCGUUGAUCAAAUCACCCCAUUUCGCAAAUUCCUCAGCUCCGCCGUACCACAGUACCUGGGCAAAAUCUCGUAUGGAUUCUAUCUAGUCCACGGGCCUCUGUUGCAUUCCGCAGGCUUUGCAAUGCAGCCGAAGAUUUUCGAAAUCGUUGGUAUCAGUACAUCGACUCAGUGGUGUGCUGGGCUCUUUCUUGGUUGGAUGAUAAUGCUCGCAAUAUCUAUUGCAGUAGGGCAUAUGUUUUGGCUGCUGAUUGAUAUGCCGUUGGUUCGAGCCACGAGGUGGCUUGAACGGAAAGCCCAGCGGUAG